GACACGCUUUCGUGUAUAUAUGUGUAUAUAUAAAUUCUUCUCUUCAACGUUCGGCUAUUUCUCGGUCCGUGCUAAGAUCUUAGAUCGAUUUCAAGUCAUCGUCUUCUUCUUCUUCUUCUGAUAUUAAGCUCGUUCAAUCUUCUGACUUCUGAAGCUGUAAUCUUCUUUAACCAUGGCUAAUCGCUAUGAUCCGAAUCCUUUCGCUGAGGAAGAAGAAGUCAAUCCUUUCGCUAACCCUGGGAGUAUUCCACCGGCAUCGAAUUCAAGACUUUCGCCUUUGCCUCCAGAGCCUGUUGGUUUCAGUUAUGGUCGCACCGUAGACAUUCCUCUUGAUGGUGGAAGAUCCGGUACACAGGAUUUGAAGAAGAAAGAGAAGGAACUCCAAGCCAAAGAAGCUGAGCUAAGACGAAGGGAGCAGGAACUCAAACGGAAAGAAGAUGCUGCUGCACGAGCUGGAGUUGUUAUUGAAGUGAAAAACUGGCCGCCAUUCUUCCCGCUUAUCCACCAUGACAUUGCAAAUGAAAUUCCUGUUCAUCUCCAAAGGCUUCAGUAUGUUACCUUUGCAACAUAUUUGGGGUUGGUUGUUUGUCUUUUCUGGAAUAUUAUUGCGGUUACUACAGCUUGGAUCAAAGGAGAAGGAGUGACAAUAUGGCUUCUUGCCCUUAUUUACUUCAUAGCUGGUGUUCCAGGAGGCUAUGUGUUAUGGUAUCGGCCCCUCUACCGUGCCUUCAGAACUGAUAGUGCAUUGAGCUUUGGAGGAUUUUUCGUGUUCUAUAUGCUCCACAUUCUGUUCUGUGUCUUUGCUGCUGUUGCUCCACCUGUUGUCUUCAAAGGAAAAUCUCUGGCUGGGAUCUUACCUGCAAUAGAUGUCUUAAGCGGUAACACAUUGGUCGGGAUAUUCUACUUCAUUGGGUUUGCGUUCUUCUGCCUCGAAUCAGUGGUCAGCAUCUGGGUUAUUCAGCAAGUGUAUAUGUACUUCCGAGGCAGCGGGAAACAAGAUCAGAUGAGACGAGAAGCGGCGAGAGGAGCCCUGAGAGCCGCCGUAUAAGAGCUCCCUGUUACAUUCUGGUUUGUAUGUAUUCUUUACUGUUUCUUUGUUUAUUUCAGAUUUUGUCUUCACUUCUCUCUCUCUCUCCCUUCUCUCUGCUUUGCUCUGUAAGCAAGAAAGAUUCAAUUUUUUCUCUGUACCUUUAUCUCAUGUAAAUCUGUUUGUUCAAAAGUCGAGAGUUGAGAUUCAUACCAUUUUCGAAUUCAUUCAUGGAUUGUUUAAUC